AUGGGCGAGGAAGGGAAGAAAACGAAGCGGCUGGAUCUGCAAGGAAUCCGAGGGAUCGCCAUCAUCUCGGUGUUGGGAUUCCAUUUCUAUCCCUCAAUAUUCCCCAAUGGAUACCUCGGUGUCGAUCAAUUCUUCGUAUUAUCCGGCUUCCUGAUGUGUAUGCUUUUGAAGAGGACCGAAUCCGAUCCAAUCUUCACACUGAUCCUCAAUUUCUAUACAAAACGAUUCCGCCGCAUUCUUCCCCUUUACUUCCUCGUCAUCUUCCUCAUCCUAGUUGCUCUCUAUUCGGUGUUCCGCGAAACCGCCAUCGAGAAUAAUCUGAGCUCGGCGUCGAAUGCGCUCCUCUUCGUGUCAAAUCGCCCAAAAACCGCCGAAGAGGACUAUUUUCAACUGCUCGGAAUUGGCGGCGAUUUGUUCACCCAUACAUGGUCAUUAUCAGUCGAAAUUCAAUUCUAUUUCAUCGUUCCAAUCAUAUUCAUUUUGGGGACAUUACUCUUCAAAAACCACCUCGCUUAUUAUACCAUUAUUGCAUCUCUCAGCUUCUUCUUCUAUUCAUUCUCCACUCCAACUGUUUCAUUCAACUCAGUUCUCGCCAGAAUAUGGCAAUUCGUUCUAGGAAUGAUGGUUUAUUUGUAUACAAAUGACCGUACUCCUACUUCAUCUUAUCAAAAACUGAAUCAUAUCGAAGACGGCAAAUGCGGAUUAUUGACUAAUGAAGACGAGGAGGAUAACGAGAAAGAGCUUGUGCAAAAGCCGAAAACUUUUAUCGUUGCUCAAUACGUAUUACUCAUUUUUAUAUGCUACAUUUGCUCAUAUCCUCUGGCCAUUCCGGCAGUCUUCUCAAGGAUAACUGUGACAAUGAGCACGGGUGCUCUGAUGUGCAUCUCAGAUGGCAAUAUGGUGCUUUCGAACAAGAUGCUCGCUUAUAUCGGCGAUUUCUCAUAUUCGCUCUACCUCAUCCACUGGCCAAUUUAUACCUAUUGGAAGCUGCACUAUCAGAAUGACAAUUCAGCAUUAUUGUUUUUCCUUGUUCUCUCGAUUAUUGUGUCAAUCGCUGUGUUUGAGUUAUUCGAAAAAUGGUAUUUGAAGCAAUCGACAAUGUUCGUUUUCACAAUGGUAAUUGUUUUAUUGUUCGUCGACGUCGUUCUUCUGAAUAAGGAUGACAUUGGAUAUGCGCUGAGUUCGCCGCACAAACACAACAAAACACAAUUCGACGGAGUACCCGACAAUCUCACUUUAGAUGAAGCAGCGAAAUUCAAUUAUCAAUGGACCGCAAAUGAUAAUAAGAACCUAAUGGUCCCUAGUUGCAAAUAUCGAUCAGGAAAAGGACCACUGGGAUGGUGCGAUCAUACGGGUCUUAACAAGAGAAAUAAGUUCAAAUUGAUGAUAUUCGGCAAUAGUUGGACGUCGAAUCACGGAAAAUUAAUAUUCGAUGAAUGUCGCGAUCAAGCUCAUACUAUUGUGCAAGCUUCGGCGUAUGGUUGCGAACCGUUAUACCCGUCAGAUAAUUCAAAACGAUGCGCGGGCGAAAUUGAAACUUUCAAAAAGAAUAUUAAAAUUGAACAACCUGAUUAUGGAUUUAUAAUAACGAGAUUUACGACAAUCGGUGAUAUUCCGAUACCGAAGAAUAUCACGAAUGUGGCGGAUGAUGAAAUGUACAAAGUGAUGAAGAAGAAUAUGAAGUUUUUCACGGAAAACAUCAAAAACAAAUUAUUUAUUCUCGAUUUUUUCCCUCGAAUUAUUUCCGGCUACAUCAAUCAGAUUGUUCCGGAUUUGAAGAAAAACGUGAACGCCGUCGAAAUCGAUAAGAAGCUUGUUGAUCCGAAUGGUUGGGAGACGGCUCGAAAACGAUAUGCUCAAUUAUUCAACGAUUGCGGCCCGAAAUGUGUUCGAAUCGAUUAUUUGCCGGAAUUUUGGAAUAAUUCAACGCAAACGUUUCGGUUUUUCGACGAACACGGCUUGGUUUACAUAACGGGAAUCAAUCACAUGUCGCCGCACGGAUUGGAAAAAGUCAGACAUCUCUACACCGACAUUUGCAAACAUCUCUAA